UUAUUAAUUUUGUGCGCUAGUCGGAUCCUAUCGUCAACUGAAAAGGAUUUAGCGCCAUUAAAAAAUAUCGAUGAUACUUUGGCAGCAAAAAAUAGGAAGAAAAAAAUUUAUUACUCUUUAAUAUCUUCGAGCAUAUUUGUCUUUGUUGCCAUAGCACUGGGAAUUGGGUUUUAUAUAAAUGAAAAAGAAAAAGAAUAUUAUUUUCAAAAAUAUACCCUGGUUAAGGAUAAACGAUUUCAGUUUGAAAAUCCAAGAGAUGGACAAAUGCCAAGUACCAGCAGAGAAUAUGUGGAGCCACCAGGAAUAAAUAAAGUAAAUAUAAAAGGACCACUAGUCGAAAACACAAACGAAAAUGAUGUUCCUUUAAAAAAAUUUAAUAUCUUUUUGGACAAUGCAAGGAUAGCCAUGCGGCACCAUUUUAGUAAUUUAUCAACGCCACAACAGGAGUAUUAUGUAAAGGACCGGGAUUAUAUAAGAAAGAUUGUGCAAUCUGUGGAGGAAAGAAGAAAUAUCCAGCUGUCCAGGAUGCAAGAAGACUUGGCCGUUUUGAACAUGGAGGAAUUUCUACAGAAAAUUUCGAAAGAGUAG